AAGAACACGGUUUGUAUCAGAAAGUUUGCUUAAUGAACAGGCAAAAGCAACGGGCUUCCCGUCCCUGCCUGAGUGUUGCUGUGUCGGGUCCUGUAUGGAAACCCGUGCGGGGCUGUACCGGAGACCCCGCGCUACCUGCACCUCUAUCGUCUCGGUUGACAUGGAUGAUGAAGAUGGCAGGUGCUUGCUAGAUGUAAUUUGCGACCCACAGGCUCUCAACGACUUCCUUCAUGGAUCAGAAACACAUCUGGACACCGAUGACCUGUUGGAUGGCUCGGCUGACCCCGCCAGCUCCUUCUUCUCCAGUGCUGGGGGCCAUGUUCCCGAGGUCCCGGCGUCCAGCCAGCUGUCGGCGAGCGUGCCGGCGGGCGUGCCCAGCGGGAGUGUGGACCUGGACUUCCUGGAGGACGCGGACAUCCUGGGCGGCUCGCCGGGGGGCGGCGUGGGGGCCGGGGAGCCCUGCGACAUCCUGCAGCAGAGCCUGGCGGAGGCCAACAUCACGGAGCAGAGCCUGCAGGAGGCCGAGGCCGAGUUGGACCUGGGGGCAUUCGCCGGAGCCUUCCCGGGCCUGACGCAGGUGGUCCAGUCGCUGCCCGACCCCGGUGGGGCCGCUCUGGGGGUGGGCAUGGGCGCCCCGGCCCAGAUCUUCCCCGGCGCGGCCGCCGCCCCCGCAUCCAUGCCCACGGGGGCUCCGCAGGACGUGAUUGGCCCGGUGCUGGCUCACCCGGGCCUGCACCUGCAGCCGCAGGUGGUGAACAAGGCCAUGCAGCCGUUCAUGCAGCAGAUGGGCCUGGGGAACGUCACCCUGCAGCCCAUAUCAGGCCUGCAGGCGCUGCCCAACGGGGGCCAGCCCGGCCCCCUGGGCAUCGGGCCCAUCCAGGUGGUGGGCCAGCCCACGGUCAUGACCAUUAACCAGUCCGGGCAGCCCAUCCUGGCCAAAACCAUGGGAGGCUACCAGCUGCACCAGCCCGGCCCGGAAACGGGGGCUGGCGGGGCUCAAGCCCGGCUGGGGGCGCCGGUUCUGAGCUCCCCCGGUGGUGGGGGGCUUUUGAUCCAAGGGGGAAAGAGCGCCUUGGGGCCCCCGGCCCUGAACGGGGCCGUUGUAGGGGUGAGCAGCGUCAGCACGAGCAGCAGCAGCAGUACCCUGACCAGCACAGCCGGGCUCCUCGGAUUUGGCGGUAUGCCCCUCGGCCCUGGCAACGCACCCCAGCAGAGGACCCUCAACCCAGCCGCUCUCAUGCAGAACGUGAUCAUCCAGCGCACCCCAACCCCCAUCCAGCCCAAACCCCCUCAGGGGGGCGUCAUCCAGUCCCGGCCCCCCACCACCCCCGCUCUGCAGAACGAUGGCGGGAAGGGCCUCGCGGUCCAGCAAAGCCAGGCUCCAGUGGUCUCCACCUCCCAAAACGUGGCCUUUCUGACGGGCAAACCCGGCGGGAACGUGGUCCUGACCACGCAGGCGGGCCCUCAGGGGACCCCUUUCCCUCAGGCCCUGUUCAAGCAGCAGGGGCCCCACGGGGCUGGCAAGCCGCUGAGCGUCCACCUGCAGCCGGGCAGCAUCGUCAUCCCGUCUCAGACCGUCCUGCAGGGGCAGAACCCGCAGUUCCUGCUGCCCCAGCUCCAGGCAGGGGGGCAGAUCCUCACCCAACACCCGGGGGGUCAUAUCAUCACCACCAGCCAGGGCCCCGGGGGCCAGCUGAUCGCCAACCAGAUCCUCGCCGGCCAGAACCUCAACCUGAGCCAGGUCCUCUCGGGACACAUACAGCUGCAGCCGGGGCAGCUCGGCCACCCUGCCCUGUUCCAGAUGCCCGUCUCUCUGGCUCAGACCCAGACCCAGACGCACCCCGUGACCGGCACGGCCCAGACCGUCAUUCAGGGCAUGCCCGUGCAGAACUCCCUGGCCAUGCUGGGCCAGGUGGAGGGCUUGGGCCCCACGGUCAGCCUGCAGCCCCCUCUGGUCGGGGGCGUCCCGGUUUCCGGGAGCGUUGCGCCCGCGCCCCCAGGACAGUGCCAGCCGGGCGAGGGCACGGCCGUGCUGGGGAACGCCGGGGACCAGGCAGCCCACCCUCCCCCCUCCAUCCUGACCGUGCAGACGGCCACGUCCGUCUCCGUCCCCACCGCCUCCCUGUCGUCCUCCUCUCCGUCCUCCUCCUGCUCCUCCUCGUCCUCCGCCGGAGGCCCUGUCGCCGCCCACAGCCCCGGGAAGCUGCUCCUCCCCCAGGGCUCCGGGAUGAUCCUGAGCCACGAGUCGCUCCAGAUGUUCCUGCAGCAGGAACAGCAGCAGCGACGAACAGAGAGCGUCUCGCCCCCUUCCGGGUGCGCCCCCGCCUCUGUCAUCGUCAGCGGCAACGCCGCCCCCUCGGCCGAGGCGUGGCCCGGCCAGACCUCCGGCCACCCUGUUGGCCCCACCAACGAGGCAGCAGCGGUUUACCAGAUCCCAGGACAUCAGCAACAACCCAAAGUUCUGGGGACGUCGCCUUCGCACCCACUGGUCACGCACACUGCCCCCUCCUCUCUCCGACAGACGGACAGCCCACAGCCCCUGCAGCCCUCCCCGCUAAUACUGAGCCAGCAGAUCCAGUCUCCCCACCACCAGAGGCCCCCCUCGGAACCGCCGCCCCAAAUCCAGCCCCAGCCCCUCUCCCAGCCGCCCUCCCGCUCCUGCACGCCCUCCUCCAUGCCCCCCCUCUUCAUCAUCCACAACCAAAUCGGGGGCUCCCCCCAGCACGCGCCCCAGGCCCAGCCCCCGCAGCUCCCCCAGGCCCAGCCCCAGGCCCAAGCCCAAACCCAAAGCCGGCCCCCGUCCCAACCCGCCCCCUUCCAGACGGAAGGCCCCCCGCCCUCCUGCUCGCCCAAGCCCCCCCAGGCCCCGCCGGUGCAGUUCCAGUUUGCGGCCCCCCCGGGGGGCGCCAAGCAGCCGCUGCCCCUGCUGAGCCUCACCCCCGAGCAGCAGCACACCCUGCAGCUGGUGAGCGCCCAGCUCCAGACGCUGUCUGCCAUCACCCAGCCCUCGCCCCAGCAGAAGCUGCUCAUGGACAGGCUGCAUCAGAUCCAGCACACUAUUAUCCUGCAGGCCAAGCAGCAGGCUCAGGUCCAGCUACAGACGCAGGUCCAGCUACAGACGCAGCUACAGACGCAGCUACAGACGCAGCUACAGACGCAGCUACAGACGCAGCUGCAGACGCAGCUGCAAACGCAGCUACAGACGCAGCUACAGACGCAGCUACAGACACCAAUUCAGACGCAGCUACAGACGCUGACCCUCCCCCAGAGCCAGUUCAGCCCUCAGCAGGACCCGCCUGUCGCCCAGCCUGUGACAUCAUCAGUCAGCGCCAGUACCUCCCUGCUCCACCAGACGUCAGUACUGGUGAAGACUCCGGCCACAGUGUCCAGUGAAGUGAAGGUGUUUCCAGGAGCUCCUGUCGCAGCAGCCCACCCGUCAAUCAAAUCGGGACUUGCCCCAGUUACGCUUCUGCAGUCCGUGCAGGUGAAGCAGGGAGUGAUCAGUUCAGCUCCGGCCCUGCCCGUGGCUAAAGCGGGCAUGCAGGUGCUGGCCACGGGACUCUCCCAAACGAGCGCUCUGCAGCCCCCUGCCCCCACGCCAUCGGCACACGCACAGACUACAACUCUGACGAUGCCUUUUUCCAUGAAGCCUAGCAAGGAGGCCAGGAUGUUGGAGCAGUUGAGGAAGCAGCAGGGCUCGGUGCUCCACCCUGACUACAGCUCGCCCUUCCGUUCCUACGGCGACACCCUACAGAGGCUGAUCCCCUAUCACCUGUACCAGGGCACCGCGUCCUCCCUCCAGGACUACUGCAGAGUGGACGAGGAGUUUGAGAGCGUGUCCAGCCAGCUGCUGAAGAGAACACAGGCCAUGCUGGAUAAAUACCGUCUGCUACUGUUUGAGGAGUCCAAGCAGAGGCUGGGGCCCUCAGCCGAGCUGGUGAUGAUUGACCGGAUGUUCAUCCAGGAGGAGAAGUCUGCUCUCAGUCAGGACCGGGUGCUGGCAAAGGAGAGGCCAGACGAAUACGCGGCCCUCCAGAAUGCCUCCGGUAGCGCGCAGUGCCCCUCGUCUGAAGAGCCCGUGGACGUGAAGCCGGUGCUGUCCUCCCUCACAGGGACCCUUGUGGCCCCCCCCGCUCCGGCCCCCGCCCCCGUCCCCACCCCGACGCCCGCCCCCGCCCCCGCCCGUUUCCCGCCCACCAAGCUGGUGAUCAAGCACGGCGGGGGCGGGGCAUCGGUGUCCUGGUCCACAAGCUCCACCCCCAUCCCGUCGACCAGGCAGGCGUCGGCCGCCCCGGCCCCGCCCCUGAGCUCUGCCCCGGCGGCGCGGCGCGGCGGGGACGAUGACGAGGACGCCCUCCCCCAGCGCAGUGGCCGGCCGCCCAUGAAGACCUACGAGGCCCGGCGGCGGAUCGGCCUGAAGCUGAAGAUCAAGCAGGAGGCCGGGCUCAGCAUGGUGGUGCACAACACGGCGCUCGACCCGGUCCACUCCCAACCGCAACCGCAACCGCAACCCCCGCCACCGCAGCCACAGCUGCGGUCCCCGCCGCGGUCUGCAGCUCCCACGGCAACAGUCGUCAGGACUCCACCCCGCCCUUCGUCUGUCGUUGCGGCAGCGCCCGCGCCAGCGCCCGCGCCAGCAGUCCCUGCCCAGAGCAGCGCGGCCCCCUCGUCAUCGUCGUCGACCUCCGUAUCCUCCUCCUCCUCCUCCUCCUCCUCGGCGACUUCGACGUCGACUUCGGCGCAGAUGAACGGGACCGUGGAGCACCACGAGGCAGGCGGGGCCAAACGGACCCCCGUCGUCUCGACCCCGCCCCCGACGACCUGCCGGCUCCCGCUGCGCAAAACCUACCGGGCCAACAUCAGCCCCCCCGUACGGCCGGGCGUGGUGGGCGGGGGCGGGGGUACGGUCAAUCCUCCCGUCCCUCGAGCCCCCGUCCCCCUCCGCCUCUCCCCCACGCCCUCCUCCCCGCCCGGCCAGACUGUCAUCGCCAGCGUGAAGGUGGAGAACCGAGGGGGCAAGGCCCACCCCCACGCCCAGGCCCUCACGAACCCCAACCCCCCCAACGCCUCCGGCGUCCCUCAGGGCUCCCCCCCGGGGCUCAUCCAGGAGCUGGCGGAGGUGGAGGAGGCCUUUUACCGAGGGAUACUGAAAAACCGCCACCGGCCCCGAGACGAGGAGGAGCCCCCCGAGGAGCGAGAGGAGGGUGCAGGCCCUAAGAGGGCCGGUAAGAACAGGGAGCGGUCCUCCAGGGCCCCUCCCUCGCCCGCCGGCUCCUCCUCCUCCUGGGACUCGCUGCUUCCCGCCAAGCGGCACAAGUCGGACUCGCCGGACGUGGACAACGCCAGCUUCUCCAGCGGGAGCCCCCCGCCCGACGACUCGCUGAACGAGCACCUGCAGAGCGCCAUCGACAGCAUCCUCAACCUGCAGCAGGGCCCCCUCCCCGCCGGGGCCCGGGCUCCGGGGCCACACGGCCAGCGGCAGGCGGCGGGCCCCUACAGGCCGGCCGCGCCCUCGGGGGACUUCUCUGCCCGCGGGCAGAACGGGAAGCUGGUGUCACGGACGCACAACAGAUAACGGCCCCGGCCCCCUCCACCAAUCCGGCAGCAGGGACUGACA